CACUUAAGUACAAUGUACCGAUUUGCGGGUAGUUUGCUGAUCCUGGCUGCUCUGGCCUUAGGAACUUAUUCCGCGGCCAUAGAAGGAUCCAUUGAUUUCUACAAGCUCUACGAUAAUCCAGAGGCUCACGUUAGCCUCAAGAAUAAAGCAACAACGGCCGAUCGUACUGCCUUGCAUGGAUAUCCUUCGGAGCACCACCACAUCCUCACCGCAGAUGGUUAUAUCCUGGGAGUAUUCCGUAUUCCCUACUCCCACAAGUUGCAGAACCAGAAUGAAAAACGGCCCAUUGUGUUCCUUCAGCAUGGCUUGACUAGCUGCUCAGAUGCGUGGAUUUUGCAGGGUCCUAAUGAUAGUCUGCCAUAUUUGCUGGCCGACGCUGGCUACGAUGUGUGGAUGGGCAAUGCCCGAGGUACUUCCUAUUCCAGAAACCACACGAAACUCUCUCCAGAUCACCCAUCCUUCUGGAAAUUCAGUUGGCAUGAGAUUGCUCUUUACGAUAUUACCGCCAUUAUUGAUUAUGCCCUAAAUACGGAAAAUGGCAGGGGACAGGAGGCCAUCCACUAUGUGGGUCAUUCGCAGGGCACUACUGUCUUCUUUGCACUGAUGUCCUGGCUACCGGAAUAUAAUGACAAAAUCAAGACCGCUCAUUUGUUUGCCCCGGUGGCAAUCAUGAAGAACUUGUCCAGCCCAUUGGUGCGUUACUUGGGUCCCUAUUUGGGGCACAAAAACGCGUAUUCGACCAUUUUUGGAUCUCAGGAGUUCUUGCCUCAUAAUGAGUUCGUUAUGGCUUUGUUUUUCAAUAUCUGUCAGCCCGAGGCUCACGUUAGCCUCAAGAAUAAAGCAACAACGGCCGAUCGUACUGCCUUGCAUGGAUAUCCUUCGGAGCACCACCACAUCCUCACCGCAGAUGGUUAUAUCCUGGGAGUAUUCCGUAUUCCCUACUCCCACAAGUUGCAGAACCAGAAUGAAAAACGGCCCAUUGUGUUCCUUCAGCAUGGCUUGACUAGCUGCUCAGAUGCGUGGAUUUUGCAGGGUCCAAAUGAUAGUCUGCCAUAUUUGCUGGCCGACGCUGGCUACGAUGUGUGGAUGGGCAAUGCCCGAGGCACUUCCUAUUCCAGAAACCACACGAAACUCUCUCCGGAUCACCCAUCCUUCUGGAAAUUCAGUUGGCAUGAGAUUGCUAUUUACGAUAUUACCGCCAUUAUUGAUUAUGCCCUAAAUACGGAAAAUGGCAGGGGACAGGAGGCCAUCCACUAUGUGGGUCAUUCGCAGGGCACUACGGUCUUCUUUGCACUGAUGUCCUGGCUACCGGAAUAUAAUGACAAAAUCAAGACCGCUCACUUGUUUGCCCCGGUGGCAAUCAUGAAGAACUUGUCCAGCCGAUUGGUGCGUUACUUGGGUCCCUAUUUGGGGCACAAAAACGCGUAUUCGACCAUUUUUGGAUCUCAGGAGUUCUUGCCUCAUAAUGAGUUCGUUAUGGCCCUGUUCUUCAAUAUCUGUCAGCCCGAUGUUGUGCUGCGUCCGGUGUGCGAAAGUGCCAUGAAGACACUUUAUUCCGGCGGUCGUGUCAACAUGACCGCUAUGCCGGAAGCCAUGGCCACCCACCCUGCGGGCUGUUCCACGGAUCAAAUGCUGCAUUACCUGCAGGAGCAGCAAUCGGGCUACUUUCGUCAAUUUGACCAUGGCACCAAGAAGAACCUGGAGGUAUACGGAUCUGAAGAACCUCCAGAGUAUCCUGUGGAGCAAAUAAAUUCCCUAGUGCACUUGUGGUACGCAGAGAGCGAUGACUUGGCCGCUGUGGAGGAUGUGGAGGCCCUAGCCAAGCGACUUCCCAAUAAGGUGAUGCACUUCAUGGAGGAUCCGGAGUGGAAUCAUGGGGACUUCGCCCUGAAUUGGGAGGUCCGCAAAUAUGUCAAUGAGCCAGUAAUUGCCAUAAUGGAGGAAUACGAGUUAAAUAACGGAUCAACGUGAUUAAAAGUUUGUUUCUUAUCUUGGAGACAUAUUAUACGUGUGGUAGCUGGACUUAUUUUAAGUUAGCCGAUUAGCUAUUUAAACUUAAUCGAACUUAUUUACAUAGAGAAUAAAAACUGAAACUGAUUUAUA